AUGCCUAGGAGCGUUGAUGUGAUUGUGAGGGGCGAUAUCUGCGAGAGGGUUAAGCCCGGUGAUAAGAUCCAAGCUGUGGGAAGCAUGAUCUGUGUGCCUGACGUACCUGCGAUGAUGAAGCCCGGAGAGAUGGCUACUGCAGUCAAGCGUGAACAGACGAAGCGGUUCGCGACUGAGAUGUCGGCAGGCAAUGAGGGAAUCUCUGGGCUCAAGCAGCUUGGUGUCAGAGAGCUCACUCAUAAGAUAUCAUUCUUGGCCACGUACGUCGAAUCUGACAGUCAGUGGAAAGGAGGGGACUUGCGGACCCCAGAGGUUAUGAUGAGGGGCGGCGAUGGAGGGGAAUAUCCGGAAAUUCAGGAGGCUAUGACGAUCCUUAUGGAGCAGGCUGAGCAUCGAGACAGACUGAGAGAGAUCUCGGAGCAUGCCGACCCGUUUACUCGGCUAGCCAAGGCCAUCGCCCCUGGUGUAUGUGGGCAAGAGGACGUCAAGAAAGGCAUCUUGCUGCAGCUCAUUGGUGGGGUGCCGAAGGUGACGAGGAAGGAAGGCAUGAAACUCCGAGGGGACAUCAACGUCUGCAUCGUUGGUGAUCCCAGUACAGCCAAGAGCCAAUUCCUCAAGUGGGUAUCCGACUUUCUUCCCCGUGCGGUCUACGCUAGCGGCAAGGCUUCCACUGCCGCUGGUUUGACUGCAGGAGUUGCUCGCGAUCCCGAGUCGAACGAUGUGAUCAUCGAGCCUGGUGCUCUUAUGCUCUCGGAUAACGGUGUCUGCUGUAUAGAUGAGUUUGACAAGAUGGAUGCAAAGGACCAGGUGGCUAUUCAUGAGGCUAUGGAGCAGCAGACCAUAUCCAUAUCGAAGGCGGGCAUACAGGCUACGAUGAACGCUCGAGCCUCCAUUCUGGCCGCCGCUAAUCCAAAGUGGGGUCGAUACAAUCUGGCCGCUGGUCUACAGCAAAAUGUGGAUAUUUCUCAGCCGUUGAUGUCCCGAUUCGACCUUUUCUAUGUUCUUAUUGAUGCGCCCGACUUGGAGGACGAUCGGCAGAUAGCACAGCAUCUGCUCAAGACGCAUGUCAGAGGUUCCAGAGGUAGACUCGUCAUUGCUGGUGUACUGUUCUAUCAUCCUCUUGAAGGGUCUGGCGAAAAUGCUGACGUUACGGCGACCGAUUUGAGGCUCUACAUAAACGAAGCCCGCAAGAUCCAGCCUAGAAUCACAGAGCGUGCUCGAGUGCUCAUCGUGAAGUACUAUGUCAAGUUGCGAGAAGCUGAGAAGGGUAUGUUCAAGAGAGCGUACCGAGUCACAGUCCGCCAGUUGGAAUCGCUGGUUCGACUUUCGGAAGCUGUGGCGCGAGUGUUCUGGUCUAAGGAGGUAAAGGGAACUCAUGUGGAGUUGGCGUAUCAACUCGUUAGAGGAAGUAUCAGGAAAAUCGAUCAGACUGAUGUUGAGAUUGGUGAUGAUGGAGAAGCAGACGAUGAAGAGUUGCCCGAUCAGGAUGGUGAGUGCAUAUUGAAUCAACUCACUGAGUUUGGCAUGCUGUUAUUCAGGGGAUGUGGAUAUGCAGGAGGCAGCCCCAAGGCCAAGGGCUCGACGCGAAGUGACAAGUCUUGUCUAAUUUUCUGUCAUCUGAUUCUGUUUCAGCGUAUCAGCUUUGCUGAGUAUGAACAGAUAGCUCGUUCGCUCGCCUGGUAUUUGGACCACCGUGAGCAGCUGGGACAAACCACCACUGAGGAGGAGUUAAGCAAUUGGUAUCUCGAGCAGUUGGAGAGCCAGCUCCACUCGGAGGAAGAAAUGGACCGCUUCACUGCGAUCGUUACGAUGGUCAUCAAAAGGCUCGUGGACGUCGAUAAAAUUCUGUGUGUAAUUCGGGAGAGCCCCGAUAAGGACAAGCCAGAGCAGAGGACUUUGACGAAGCACCCUAACUUCGUCGUAGGUGAGCACGUCAGUCAAAUGAUGGCUUCAGAUGUUGCUCCCGCCGAGGGAGAUUCAGCCUAA